GCGUUAGGUUUUUGCCGUGCAGAGCUUUGGUACAUGCCACAUUGGACAAAACUUUGAAUUUGUUGGAACAAGAACAAAAGAAGGCCACGAGAUGCAUGAGUCUCAUUGCUACUCAGCACUAUACCGCGUUUUUGGAAUUGGAGCGUACAUCCACAACCCAUUUUGUGACAUGUGUGGACGCCGAAAAGUCCAGGUACAAGCUGACUUGGGAUCAGCUUAAGGGGAUUUUGGAGGCCAAGUACUACCCUCGCCACUUUCGCGAGAGGAUGGAGCGAGAGUUCUAUGACUUGCUUCAGGGAGACCGCUCGGUUGAGGAGUACGAGCGGGAGUUCGCUCGUAAGAGCGCCUUUGCACGCCAUCUUGUGGACACCGACGACAAGAAGGCCUCCCGUUUCCGCAAUGGCCUGACCAGAGACCUUCGUGUGCUCGUAGCCAGCCAUGGCUAUUUGACUUAUGCUGAGACCGUUGAGCAGGCUCAGCAGAUUGAGGCAUCCCAGUUGCUAGACACUCCUGCACAGCCACUAGCUCAAGUGGCACCACUAGCCAGACAGCCAGCUGCCAUCCAGCCAGCCCUGCCAUCGCCACCUCAUCAGGCGCAGCACCGACACAAGAGGAAGUGGAGAGGUCGCGACGAUAGGAGGAACCGUCGACCAGGAGCCCCAGCUCAGGCAGCACCACCGGUCCCGCAGCCCCCAGCUAUUUGCGCUACUUGUCAGCGCGCCCACCGGGGAGAGUGCCUAGCUGGGCAGGACAUUUGCUAUCGUUGCCGCCGACCCGGUCAUAGGAUCGCAGACUGCCCAGAUCGCCCACAGCCUCAGCAGGGCCAGAGACCGCCAGCUCAUAGGCAGCCAGCACCGAGACAGCCAGCUCAGCACCCACCUCGAGGUGCACCUGCCCGCAUUUACGCACUUGACCAGGAGCAGGCCGCCGAGCAGCCAGGUACCAUGUCUGGCAUGCUUUCUUUACUCGAUGUACCUGUCUUUGCUUUGUUCGAUACCGGGGCGACACAUUCGUUCGUCUCGACUAAGUGUCUAGAGGCCAUAGGGGUCCAGGGUGUGAGUGACGUCGACCCCCUCGAGAUCAGCCUAGCUUCGGGGAGGAAGAUAGUCACGAGUUCCCUGGCCAAGAUCCUUAGCAUGUGUAUUGGAGGCAGAACUCUAGAGGUAGACGCAUUCGUGAUCGAGACGAGGGACUUUGACCUUAUUCUCGGCAUGGAUUA